AUGAUGAAAAAAUUGUCCGAACAUUUCAACAAAGUGGCACUCGAUGAAGACGUCUUGGAGAACCCGGAGCCAGGGAUGCUUUGCUGUGCAGUCUUCGAGGAGGAUAUGCAUUUCUACAGAGGUGUGGUGGUGGACAUUCUGCAGCAUGGAGCAGAGGUACUCUUCAUCGACUUUGGGAAUUUGGCUAAAGUACCACACAAUUUAAUCAAGAAAAUACCAAAGGAGUUCUCAGGCACAUCUGCAUUCGCUCUGUGCUGUAGCCUCGACAGUGUUGUUCCCACAGACGAGUUUUGGACCAGCAGUAGCACCAAUGCUUUCAGGAACCUCUCAUCAAAUAAAAUCCUACAAGUUCAAGUGAUCCAGAUGAGGAAAAACAAACUGGACGUUGAACUUUACUAUGAAAAGAGUGGCAAUGACGGUGGGCAAAGACUGUCGGAGCUUCUGAUCUCAAAGAACCAUGCGCACUACCGUUCGGAUGAUGAGGAAAAUGUCAUUCAGUUAGAAAACAGCAUGAACUCUGAGGUCUUCAAGGAAUCUCUACUGCCGUGCACAGACAUUGCCCUGAAGGUUGGCGAUCUUGUUUUGGCCACGUACGAGGAGGAUGAAGCUCUGUAUCGGGCUGUUGUGAAGGAGAUUGUAGACCCCUGUGCUUUCUUAGUUGUAUUUGUGGAUUUUGGGAACUCUGCCACUGUGAGCAAAGAAAAGCUGUUUAUGAUGAAGAAGGACAACAUCACUCAACCACGCUACAGUGUGCAAUGUUGCCUACAUGACCACUCAGCUUUCGACAGCAGCACUGCCUUUGCAAAUGCAGUUAUGGACAGGUCUCUCAUGUUUGAGUUUGUUUGUUACAAGAAUUCCCAGUGGGAGGUCAAUGUAGAAACGUUUGAUGCAGUGACCUCAGUUCCAGAUGAUGCCGUUGAUAAGAUGGAAACCAAUACAGUUGAACCAGCAGCUUCAAAGGAAAUCAGGGUGAGAGCUAAGAAAGAGACAACCAUUGAAGUGCCUGAAGACUUGUUCAAAGCCUUCUUGCCUCCAAAAAUCCAAAGGGGAGACACUGAAACUGGACAAGUCUUGUCCUCUCAAAGAAAUGGAGAGUUCUAUUUCAGACCUGACAAAUCCAGGGAUGCACUUGCAGCACUGGAGACACUCAUAGCAGUACACUUAGGUAUCGUCAUGGACAGAUCUCUUGGUCAAAACUUUCCAAACGAAGAGAAACAGACUGAACUGGUGUUUACACAAGAACAUGCACCUGGCUUGGAUCUGCCUCAAAAUCUGGCUUUUGCUCCUGUGGAACUAAAUAAGGAGUAUUCAGGCUUUGCGGCGGCAAUCACUUCGCCGUGCGAGUUUUGUCUGGUCUUGGAUGACUUCGACCUCAUAAGUCAAGUCUCAAUCUUGCUGGACGACCUCCCGAAUGACCUGCAGCCUCUGCCCCAGUCCCACCUUGUCCCCAGAACGGGCUGCUUGGUCAAUUCCCAGUCGAGAAACAAGUGGUGUAGGGCAGAGAUCCUCCACGCAGACAGCACUCUGACCCUAAACCUCGUAGACUAUGGACAUGCUGAAUGCUUGCAUUUUGGGGAGAAGUCUAAACUGAGAAAACUCCCAGAGAGCAUCACAGCCCUUCCUAAAGUGACGUACCCCUGCGUCCUGAACGCCGUGAGACCAACUGGAGAGGGUCAAGAGUGGAGCGAUGAGGCGACCAUUUUCUUCCAGCAGUGUUUGGACCAGCGGAACCUCCAGAUCUUCUUCAGGGAGGUGAUGUCUGACCAGCAGUGGAAGGUGGACGUCCUCACUGAUGGAGGCCAUGUUGCCAUGCAGCUGGUGGACGCAGGGCACGCAAGCUACACGGACCCCAUGUUGGGACUACGAUUCCAGGAGAAGGGCCUUCCAGGCCAGUGGAACCUCAGUGAUGAUGAAGAGGAUGAUGAAGACCCAGACGAUGUCCAUCAGAUGUUUGAAGAAACUGAAGAAAUCUUCAAAGUUAAAUCAGACUCAAAUCUUUGUACAACGAUGUGA